UUUGGGCAGCAGGCCAGCGGCAGCGUCGGUGGAGCGGCACCCCGCGGCGCAGCUAUGGUGGCCGUGGCGGGAGGCGGAGCGCGGUCCCCCGGGCUGUACCAUCGCGCGGACAGAGGGGGAGAGACCUGCGCUGCUGAGCCCGGCGGUACGGCGCGCAGCGCAGCGCGGGCAGGAGCCGAGCCCCAUGAGACUGCGCGAGAGCAGCGCGCUCCGCCUGGCAGGGAUGGAGAAGAAGAAAAUUCUAAUGAAAUCCAAAGUUGCUGCUUCAAACCUUCUGAGUGCGCUGCAUUCGCUCUAUCAGUUUGGCCACCUCUGUGAUGUGACAGUCCAUACUGAGCACCUAGGGAUCCAGGAGGAGUUUCUGGUUCACAAGGCUGUCUUGGCUGCUUCCAGCAAUUACUUUAAGGGGCUUUUUCUUCAUGGUGAGAUGUUGGAUGCUAAGAAUUGCACCGUGACUCUACAGGACAUUUACACAGAAGAAUUCACCUCCUUUCUAGAAUUUGUCUACACUGCAGAAGUAGAGAUUGACGCAGAAAAGUUGCAUCGGAUGAAGGAGGUAGCCGAGAGACUCGAGUGCAAGGAUUUGCUUGACAUUUGUGAAGAAAUGAAGGCGGAGGGUAGAAAAGCCUUAGAUUUGAGUGUCCAUUUGAAAGGUCAGAUAUGUGAAAAUGGUGGAUCCCAGUGGGUUCAUGUCCAGCAAGCAGAAGACAAUGAAGUGAAUGAUUCUUCCCAAAUUGGGGCGACAUCCAUGAAGAGAAAAUUUUGGGACAGCAAGAAAUGCAGAAAAUUGCGACCAGACUAUGAGAUUGUUGAUGGACAACCUGCAAAUCCCAAUAAAGGCGGGACAGAUCUUCUGGAGUCGAAAGCUGGGAUGGCAAAGUCAGACAAACAAAACAAAAUAGAGACAGGUGAGAUGGUUAGCAUGGAUACAGUCAACCCAGAGGAAAAUAAGACAAGCCAUUGUGCCCUAAACCGGUCAGACUCAAAGGAAAACUGCAUAGUGAUCAAAAAUGUGCUCCCUGGCCAGGAGGAGGAUGAAAAUAGUUUAAUUUCUGAGCUCCCCAGUAAAACUGAGCGCAGGAAAUCACCUCGCAACGUAUCAAAAGUCUUACCACAAAUGUACACGUGUGAGAAGUGUAACCAGUCAUUCCAUUUCAUCAAACACUAUCAGUCGCACAUGGAGCUGGAACACGACAUCAACAUAGUCCUCAAACACAGCUGCAAUAUGUGCGACCAGCUCUUCUCAAAUCGCCAGAACCUCAUGCAGCACUGCCUCACGGUUCACAAUGACGAGAGACGCUUCCCCUGCGUGUUUUGUGAUAAGAGGUUCAAGCGCCGGAAGGAUAUAAAUGACCAUAUCCGGAGGGUGCAUGAAAAGAAAAGGAAUCCCCAGGAGUGUCCGUACUGCAACAAGGUUAUCAGCUCCAAAUGUGGCCUGACAGUUCACAUUCGAACCCACACUGGAGAGAAACCUUAUAAAUGUGAACGCUGCCCAGCCAGCUUUGCUCAGAGGUCUGCUUACAAUACCCAUGUAAGAAAAAUACAUGAAUCUGGGCAAGACAGGAAGCUUAUGCCAGUCUACUGGAUGAUAGUUCCACCUGCAGAGAGACCAGAUGCAACGUACUGUGAAACAGAUAUUAGCAAAGCAAGAUGGGAUGGGGCAGAUACUGGGUUGCGAAAAGCUACCAGGAGCAAAGAAGCCAUGGACGAGGAAGAACCAGGGAGCUCAUCUAAUGCACAAGUGGAUUGCUGCAAUGAAGGGGAAGAAAGGAAGGGGCCAUAUGAUGAAGCUGAAGCUAACAGAGAAGAUGAAAAUGAAGAUGGGGAUGAGGAUGAAGAAGGAACUAAUGUGAAGGGGGAAGAGGAGGGAGAUUACAAUGCAGUUUAUUCUGAAGCAGAUGGUAAACAUAACGAGGAUGUUAGUACAGAUGAUGACGAUGACUCCUCUAAUGAUAAAGAUGCUGAAGAAAAUGAAUCGGGUGAAGACUUUAAAAUAAAGAAGGUAACUAAGGCCCGAGUAACUAAGAAGUCUGCCUAUGUUAUAACAUGUGAUAAAUGUGAUGAGCAGUUCGUCUCUCGGAAAAAAUACGUGGAUCACUGCAAAGAUGUCCAUCAGUCCUUGCCCGGUAAAGUCUAUCAGUGUGAUAUCUGUAGCAAGUCAUUUGCUAGCUACAACAGCUGGAAAGAGCACAGAGCGUGUGUCCAUACUGAAGAAAGGCAGUUUGCCUGCACCCUCUGCAAUGCUACGUUUAAAAGAAAGAGAGACGUGAGGACACAUUAUAUGCGGAAGCAUGAAGGGAGAGUGAAGCGCCCACUGUGUUCGGUCUGUGGGAAGAUUCUGAGCUCUCGAACUGCAUUGGUGUUUCACAUGCGGACACAUACAGGGGAAAAACCCUACGAAUGUAGCAUUUGUCAUUCCAGAUUUGCACAGCCAUCACAGCUUAAGAUCCACACCAGGUCUCAUACAGGAGAAAAGCCAUAUAUUUGUGAGGACUGCGGAGCUUGCUUUGCUGACAAAGGCAAACUAAAUGGUCACAAGAGGACACAUACAGGAGAGCGUCUCUUUAAAUGUGACGUGUGUGGAAAACAUUUUGCCACCAAUGAGUACUUAAAAUGCCAUAAGCGAUGCCACAUGGGAGCUAAGCCCUAUAAAUGUGAUGUUUGUGGGAAAACGUUUGGACUGAGAGCCUCACUAGCCCAACACAGUAACGUUCAUGCAGAGACACGUCCAUAUUUCUGUGAACAGUGCGGAAAAACAUUUACUCAGCAAGGAGCUCUCAGGCGUCACCAGCGUAUUCACACCGGUGAAAAACCAUACAAGUGCAGGGCUUGUGAGCGAACCUUCACAGACAUGUCCACCUUACGGAGACACGUAUCGAUCCAUGACCGGAAUGCUCACUGGAGAAGUUUCUUAAUAGAUCUUACUACCAAAAAAGACCAUAAUUGGUCCAAAAUAGAAACCUUAUCAGAUGUCUGUAUGGGUGAGGACUCAGCACCUGAAAUUUGGUCAGUUGACCAAGGGCUUGCUCAUCAUUCCCUCUGGGGCCUUGGUUGGGAACAUCAGAGUCAGUGUCCUCACAGAGGUCAACAUCUUCAGUGAUUAUCCAGCACCAGCUGAGAUGGAGUGGGCACUGUGUGUAUGCCUGAUGUACGCGUACCAAAACAAUUGCUAUACGCCCAACUCACCAAAGGACGGGGAGGCCAAAAGAAACGCUUUAAAGACACCCUCAAGAUAAACAUCAAGAGAUGUGGCAUUGACACCACGCACUAGGAGAUAGCAGCCCAGGCUAGGGAUAACUGGCGAAGACUUGUCAGAGAAGGAACGUCCACUUUUGAGGAAAAUUGCUUUGCCUUGGUCACAGAAAAAUGCCAGAAAAGAAAGGAAAGACGACGGUCAUGCAGCAGUUGUGGCCCAAUCCUGACUUCCAACACCACAUGCAACAUCUGCCAAUGAGCCUGCAGCUCCAGGAUUGGACUCCUCAGUCACCAAAGAACCCAUAAAAAAUAAAACCUGUGAAAGAGAUCAUCCUCGACCUCGAGGGAUCACCAAUGACGAAGAUAGGUUAGGAAACUCUGCAGGAGCAUCUUGCCUCUUUAAUGCAGAGAACACUAUUCAGAACAUCAUAUGUGGAAAAAAAUCACAGCAUCCGAAUCUGUUUAGAAUGAGUGCUCUGCUCCAUGGAAAAUUCCACGCUUUUAAUGCAGAGAGCUAGUGUCAGUGAGGAGAGCUCUAAUACUUGCAAAACCAGGGUUGUUUGUGUGGCGUGUGUUGUGCAGUUUAAACUAGGAGACAAAGCAAUUGUGUUAGUACUCAGAGGUUUUGAAAGCUUCUGAGUAUACAGAUCUGUGUUGCCUACAUAAAAAAAGACAAAAAAAAAUAGAAAUGCUUUUAGGCUCGAGGGAAGAUGAAAAUAGCAAUGCUCCUUUGAUACUGCACAAGAGGUGAGCAAUGGUGUGAGAAAAUACCCAGUAAAGAACUUAAAAUGUGAGCCUUCCAGCUCCUGUGCUGCAGAACAACCCUAUUCCUGCUUCUCUGCCUUCUGUCCCCUGACUCGCACAU